UACAUGCAGAAAAGGAAGUGAUAAUAUGAGUGUGUAAUCCGCACUGCAGAGUGUGUGUGAGGAUGUGGAUUACUCCUGAAGAAGUUGUGCUGAAAAACGCUCUAAAACUUUGGGUGACACAGAAAUCCAAUGAUUAUUUCCUCCUACAACACCGCAGAGGACAUGGAGAUACCGGGGGGAAAAUCACAGGUUUGCUGGUGGGGGCGUUGGACACCGUGUUGGACUCAAAUGCUCGAGUGGCCCCAUUCCGGAUUGUUCUGCAUGUGCCCGGGUCACAGGUCAGCUGGGUCAUAGCCAGCGGUGUCACACUAGAGGAGGUGUUGAGACACUGGAAAUGGCUCGAUCAAAACUUAUUGCCGUACAUGUCUGUGUUUGAGAAUAAAGAAGAUGCUGCGAGUUUUGUUCUGGGCAAAGUGAAGGGUUUAAUCGCUGAGGAGGUUCUGGGCGGUCAGGCCGCACGCGAGGAUGACCCGGCUCGGUUCCGUGAAGAUCUGGUGCGGUUCGAGCAGCGCUUCGGUCUGCCUCAACGAGAGAAACUGGUGACGCAUUACUCCUGCUGCUGCUGGAAGGGACACGUGCCACGCCAGGGCUCGCUGUACCUCACCACCAAUCACAUCGCUUUCUACUCAUUCCUGCUGGGCAAAGAGGUGAAGCUGUUAGUUCAGUGGGCUGAAGUGACACGACUGGAGCGCGUGUCGGUGGGUUUACUGACGGAUGUGAUCCGUGUGCACACGAGACAGAAGCAGAGAGAUUUCUCCAUGUUUAUGAACGUAGAUGAGGUCAUGAAGGUCAUGUGUCAGCUGGCUGACAUCGCUCUGCGCAGACUGUUGGACAGCGGUGGGCUCACUCUCGACCAAUCACUGCAGGACUGCACAAAAAUCACCAAGAGGGUUUUGGAGGAACAGAUGCUCAGUCAGUACGUGCUCUCUUUCUUUGGCUUGCCGCGGGUCGAGCGUCUACAGGAAGUGAUGUCAUGCUCAGUUUGGACUCCUCAUGCACGCUGUCACACGCCAGGAACCCUGUACACCACUGACGGGUAUUUGUGUUUCAGCAGCUGCGAGGAGGGACAGUGUACGCUCAUUAUACCACUAGCAGAGAUGCUGUCCAUUGAGAAGGGUGACAGCACUAGUGCAUUGCCGAACUGCAUAAUCAUCAGCUUGCGAUGUAAGCGAGCGUUUCAACUGAUUGAGCUGCAGCACCGUGAUGAGUUAGUGGAGAACAUCAGAGAGCGACAGCGCGCGCUGCACUGGAAACACGCCGUCAUACGCGGACACGACCAACGCAAGAAAUCCACGAUCUCAGCCACACCGUACUACACCUUCUGUUACGACAACAUCCAAUCAGAUGACAAGGACAGCAGCAUCAUCAGUGAUAAAGCUCUUCGUCACACGGUCCUCACAGGCGCACUCAAUAGCACAUUCCACCCCAGCCAAUCAGACUCCAGCAACAACACGUGUAACACAGAGCAUGUUAAAGAGCGUUUAUGGGAGGAUCAUUUCGUAGAGUUUGGUCGUGGUGUUCACAUGUUCCGCACCAAUAAAAUCGGCAAGCUGGUGGCACUGGGAAUACCAGAAUCACUGCGGGGAGAACUGUGGCUCAAUUUCUCAGAUGCGUGUUCGUCGCUGGCAGCUCACCCAAACUAUUACGCUGAUCUGGUGGAGAGAUGCCGAGGAGAGACGAACAUCGCCACAGAGGAAAUAGAGCGAGAUCUUCAUCGCUCGCUGCCGGAGCAUCCUGCCUUCCAGAACGAGACGGGCAUCUGUGCCCUCCGCAGAGUCCUCACUGCUUACGCCCACCGCAACCCUACCAUCGGCUACUGCCAGUCCAUGAACAUCUUGGCAUCUGUGUUGCUGUUGUACACUAAAGAGGAAGAAGCGUUCUGGCUGCUGGUCACUGUGUGUGAGAGGAUGCUGCCCGACUACUUCAACCGCAGAGUCAUUGGUGCUCAGGUGGAUCAGUCUGUGUUUGAGGAGCUGAUUCGUGAGCGUUUGCCGGAGCUCACCGAACACAUUCCCGAUGUCUCUCCGCUGGCGUCUGUGUCUCUCACAUGGUUCCUCACGCUGUUCCUGAGCGUCCUGCCAUUCCGCAGCGCACUGUGUGUCCUCGACGGCUUCUUCUAUUAUGGCAUCAAAUCGAUCUUCCAGAUCAGUCUGGCGGUGCUGGACGCGAAUGCAACAGAGCUGUGUGCAUGUACUGAUGAUGGACAGGCCCUCAUGAUACUCACCAGUUUUCUGGAGCAGGUCACACAUGAGGAUGAGACACAUGUUUGUGCUGAUGAUGAUGGAGCAUCUUCUCCACGUGUACACAUAACAACACUGAUCACUGAUGCAUACGAGAAAUUUGGCUCUCUGACAGUGAAGCAUGUGGAGAUGUUGCGCUGCAGGCAUCGCAUUCAAGUGCUGCAGGCGCAUGAAGACACCACCAAAGACAAUGCGUUGCGACUGGUCACUCCAGAUGUGACACUCUCACAGGAAAACCUGUCUGACCUCUACGACCUCUUCAAGAUGGAGCACUUCAUCAGUAUAUAUUGGGGUGAUGGUGUGUGUUCAUCUGCUCCUCCUGCGGCUGCAGGCGUCUGUUCAGAGCGUUACUUUGUGGAUCGAGCUCAGUUUAAGAGUCUGUAUGAGCUGCUUGUUCCAUUUCUCUGCGGCUCACACACUGAUACUGUCGCUCAACGCACGUUCACACUGCUGGACCACGACAGAGACAAUCUCAUUAGCUUCUCACAGUUCACUCGCUGGCUGGAUAUUCUGUACUGUGAGGAGCUGAAUGAGAGAAUCCGGCUGCUCUAUCGACUGCACAUCCCACCAGCCAUGACUGAACAUGAUGAGGACUCGUCUCCUCUGAAGAGUCCAGUAUUGUCCAGCAGUAGACCCUUCCGUGUCGACCUGCCAAACGGUGAGAGGACGAGUUAUGAAGAUCAGCUAAAACAGAUGCUGCAAAAUUUGACCGGAAAGAAGAAGCAUGAGGAAAAACCUCUCCAACACAUGAAUCAGCGUGAGUUUAUUCAGUUCUGUAAGACGCUCUACACCAUGUUUCAAGGUGACCCAAGUGAAGCCGACCUCUUUCAGGCCAUCGGGAUUGUCACAAGUCUCGUGCUGCAGAUUGGAGAGGCACAACACCACGACCAGCUGUCGAUGGGACAAGGGGAGGCAGGUGGAGCUUCAGGCCACACCCAUUCUACUGAGAUUGGUGGAGGCACCAGUGAGUCAGAUGGAGAUUGGUCGGUGAGCUUUGAACAGAUUCUGGCCUCAUUACUAACAGAGCAGGUGCUGGUGAACUUCCUAGAGCGACCUGUAGAUCUGAGCGCAAAAAUCAUAUCUGCGAAAACACUGCAGUAUCGCAAACGCGCCGGCCUGCUCAUGAUCCAGCACGCAGCGGUCAGAUGAUGAUGCACAUGAGCAGCGAUCAAUAUAAACUAUGCUGUCAUUCAUUUCUGUGUUCAUGGACGUUGGUAAAAUUUAAUAAAGACCUGCAAGACGGCAGAUAUUUGAUCCUGGUGAUGCACACGUUUGUAGCGAACCUCCAAUAUAAUUCCUCAAAGACUGCUGGGGUGAGCUGGACUUCCCUACGAAUCACAGUUGAUGCCACUGUUUUACUGUCCGCUUUAAUAGAGGAAGUACUGAAUCAGUGCCUUACCCUCCAGAACUGACUUCAUGUGGCCUGAAUCUGCUGAGCCACAGAAUGGCCUUAAAGUUGUUUUAGCCAAAUUUCCUCAAUACAGCAUAGGGAGGGAAUUUAUUUUCUGAAAAGGUUUUGUGUUCCCUCACAAUGUGUUUUGCGUUCCUUUGCGAUUAUUUUCAACUUGAAAUGAUUCUGUUCUGUUUUGUCCUAUACCUUUAUCCAUCACUUACGAGCAUUAACUGGGUCAUUCCGUGUCAGCUCAACCAGAGGUCCACAGCUUCAAAUUUUGAUUUUUUUUCUGAUGAAAGAAAGACAUAAAUGAAGAUGAAAGCCAAAAUAUAAAAUAUCAUGGAUGAAUAUUUAAUGAGUAAUCCAUUAUUUUGUAAAGGGGGUCAAAAUGGCAAUUUUCACCUUUGAUUUUAGAGCAAAACUACAGGUCAAAAAAAUAACCUUAGAAAGAUGUCAGCAUCAUGAUUUUAUUUGUACACAGAGAUUGGUAGAUCUGUUACUAAUAUCAGUUGACUUUAGCAAUCCUUGUUGCAUUAUAUCCCAAUGGUGACAGUUCAAAAAUGGGAAAAGACACUUCUCGUGUUCUUUUUUCUGAAGUUGGCGUGCCUAUAAUUCCAGAAGUGUUAAAGAUAUAUUAAUAUUCUUUUAGAUUCUGGUUCAGAACAAACUUUUCUUUUGGUAUCUUCAUUUAUAAGGCCCUGUAUGGUUUAGUCCCAGAGAUAUGGGGCUCUCAAUGUGGCUCCAUGUGCACAUUGUUGAUUUUUACCCAUUUUCAAUGGUCGAAUACCAACUGUGGGUCACUUUGUAUAAAGCUGAAACUGAUUGUAUUUAAAGAGGAAUAUCUGAAGUACAAAUAAUGCUGAAACUAGAAAUGUACCUUUAUUUACUCAACUUGACUAUUUCAGUGUAUUUUUGGCACUCAGACAUUGUUAAAAAUUGGUAUAUUCUAUGCAGUUGUUUUGUUACAGCGCAAGAUACAGUUCUAGUUUCUACAUUAUUUGUACUUCAGACAAAAAGUAUGGUUCACGUUUUUUUCUUUAUGUUCUAGGAGUGUUUUUUGUUUGUUUGUUUUUUAUAGUCUAUUCCCGACUCAAAUCUGUUGUAGUCUGAACUGCAAAAACACCCACUCAUUUUAAAUCUGAUCCAAAUUAAUUUAAUAAAUCUUGUAAAAUCUGGUUUUUGGAAAUGCAUCACAUCAUACAGCGGACUUCAAUCAUUUACACUCGUAGCGUUCACAAGUGAGCAGUUUCAGACACAACAUAUUCAUGAAUAUACUGAUAUUAAGAUCUAAUUUAAUCACUUGCAAAAUAAUCCAAAAUCAAAUCAGAAUGGUUUGCAAUGAGAACAAUGUUCCGAUCACAGCUGCAGUUAGGUAAAUGGUAGAGCGUUGUGAAGAUGUGGAUUUCAGAACAGAUAGUCACAAUAAAUCUUGCAGCAUGUGUGUUAGCUCAUACUGUUCCUCUCAGAUGUAUAGAGUGCCUUUAUAGUCAUUUGAAGUUCAGUGCUCGAUGUGAAAGUAUUCAUUAGUGUGUAAACAGCUUUUAUUGUCACACUGCAGGAAAUAUUCAAAAGGGACCACGUCUGUUCAUUCUUAACCAUCUUUUAUUAACACACCAUAUACCUCCAGACAUAUGCUGAUAAGACUAGUUUCUAUAAAAAAGGUGAAGUGUUCUCUGUCUUUCAUUUGCUUUUGGAAGUGAUUUAAAUGAUAUAUUUUAAGAUCAUGUUCUGUCCUGACUAAUCUGUGUGUCUGUGACUAUCAAGAACUGAAAUGUGAAGUUUAUAGUGUAAGAUGAUGUUCUUGUUUGGAAACAUUUAGACUGAAAACUUUUGCCAAAUAUUUGUUCUGUUGAACACAAUUUCAACUCUGUAACUUUUCUUUCUGAUACUGUUCACAGAAUAAAAUAUUGAGUCUUUAAACAAUUA